GCACAUGCGUUUGCGCAAUGCGCUAAAGAAUUGAAAUUGACAAAAUUGGGUCUCUGUUGCUUGUCUUUUAGACAACGUUUUUCCGCCUCGUGCGGUGUUUACGUCGCAAAGACUCGCGAAAAAUCCAAAAUGCGUUUUACAAGUAACAAAAUUUAAAUCAUGUGCUCCAGUUCUUGACAUAAAUCACAUUAUACAUUUAUUUAUUCCUCACAAUAAGACCAGUUAUAAAAUCAUUUUUUUCAUGAAUUUUUAAAUCCAUUUCCAGUUGAAAUAAAAUAUUUUUCAUUAACAUUUUUUUUUAAUCAUGGAAGAAAAUCAGAACAAUCAUAUCCUCUACAAAUUAGUGCUUACUGGAGGGCCAUGUGGAGGAAAAACUACAGGUCAAGCAAGAUUGUGUACAUUUUUCGAAAAUCUUGGAUGGAAGGUUUUCCGAGUACCUGAAACAGCUUCAGUCCUUCUUGGCGGUGGAAUCAAAUUUGCAGACCUCGACGAACAGGAAAGUCUAAAGUUUCAAGAGAACUUACUAAAAAGUAUGUUGAACAUCGAAGAAACUUUUUUUGAACUGGGAAAAACGUGCAAACGUAACUGUCUAAUCAUAUGUGAUAGGGGAGCAAUGGAUGCUUCAGCAUUUGUAAGCAAAGAUAAAUGGGAAACUAUUAUGAAAGACAAUGCUUGGAAUAAUGUAGAAUUAAGAGAUAACAGAUAUAACCAAAUUAUCCACAUGGUUACGGCAGCAAAAGGUGCUGAAGAAUUUUACUCUACAGAGGAUCAUAAUUGCCGUUCCGAAGACGUAGAACUGGCUAGAGAGUUAGAUACAAAAGCGGCAGCUGCCUGGGUUGGUCAUCCCUAUUUCGACGUAAUCGACAACUCCACCGAUUUCGAAGGUAAAAUAAGAAGGAUGAUCGUUUCCGUAUGCCAUAAAAUUGGUUUAGACACCGGCGAUAGAUUGUUGAAGAAUUCCAGAAAACACAAAUUCCUCGUGGAAGGUCCUUUACCAGAUGAUUCGGUAUUUCCACCUUUUCAGGAUUUCGAGGUCGUGCAUAACUAUUUGCAAUCUAAUUCGCCCAAUCAAGUCAGGUUAAGAAAAAGGGGACAAAAAGGUCACUACAGUUAUAUACAUACAGUAAGGAGACAAAACCAUCCAGGUGGACAAGUAAUUGAAGUGAAAACACAGAUUGCUCAUCGGGAUUACAUUAACUUAUUGACGCAAAAAGACAAUUCGCACUUUACCAUUUACAAAAGACGUAGAUGUUUUAUUGAUAACAAUCAAUAUUUCCAAUUGGAUAUCUAUGAACAGCCUAGUCAUCCAAGAUGUAGAGGUAUGAUACUUUUAGAGACUUACUCAGCGUUAGAUGAUGAGCAGCUUUUGAAAACGCUACCGGACUUUUUAAAUAUCAAAAAAGAAGUGACCGGCAAUCCCGAUUACUCUAUGUAUAAUUUAUCUCUUAGAGAAGACUGGAAAACUUCAAAAAAGUUUUGCAGAUCAGUUACAGAUUCGGAUUUUUCGAAAUAUCCAACAGACAAUGGAGAUAACAUGAAACAACUUUAUAACAACAUCAAUCAUGGAAAACUCAAUGGGAAGCCCGUGAAUGGUACAACUUAAGUUGUUCUUCUUACUUUUUGAAUUAGUAUUCCAAUUUUUGUGAUCCCGGUAUUAUGUUAGUGGAUAAAAAACAGUAUUGCAAUUUAUUUGUACCUGCUUAUGGACGAUAAAAAUUAUCAGUACAGGGUGACAAAUAUAUCUUGAAACGUUAUGGCAUCCAUCAGAUUAAAUGAUCAUCCUGUAUAUAGUGAGUUUAGGGGAAUUUAUAGCAGUUCAAUUUUUUUUAUUAAAGGGAGAUAUAUUUAUCAAUAGAUAUUUUUGGAAAAAAAUAUAAUCAGAAUUAAUAUUUCAACUAUUAGAUGUGAUCUUUAUCGUCUAUUUUUUGUAGUAGGUUACUAAAAAUAUGUCAUUGUAGUCGUAGAUUUAUCAGAUUAUUUGAAGGAAAAAUUGCCCCAUUCAUCUAUUGUUCAUAUUUCCCAUAGAAAUUCCAUUUUUCCUAAUUCCAUACAUUUUCAUCUAGUACUGAUUAAUUUAAAAUUCACUCCAUUACUUAUGAUUUCUCUUGUAUUUUACGAAGGGCAAAUUUGAAUUCGCUAGAAGUACCAAAUAGAAUUUUAUUAAGUUGAUUGAUGUGUAUGAUAUCUGGUGUUGAGGAUUUUAACAAUCUAGCUUUGUUCUUGUACUUCGAUACAGAAAUGUAAUCCUUAUGUUAAGAUCUGGUUAGAAAUGAACAAGACCUUUGUCAAAUUAAAUGAAAAUUGUACUUAUUAUAUAUGUAAAGCACCUGUUCAUAUUCACAGGUUAUAUCUGUAAAUAAAUCCAUCUCAAUAAAGAGUUUCCGAAA